AUGUCGACACGAACGUGGGAUCCAACUCGGGCAGCGUGGCUGUACCCACUUCGGGGCAUCCACUACUUUGCGACACACCGCUUCCUCUGGCCCUUAUUCAAGGCACGACUUGUGCCUAUCGUGCUCCUUUCGAGCUUUGUCUACUUCCUGCUCUUUUUCUUCACCUACCUACCGCAGGUCGUCUUCUUAGCUAUCUUCCAAGGAGCCGGAGCAUGGGUGAGCGGUGCAUUCCUGGUGCUGGGCGAAGGGGCUGCAAUUGUGGCUGCAUUGUUCGAGGCGUUCUUUGUCGAUGAAACACUGGUGGAUGUAUUCGAUUCUGUCCUGGUGAAUGAGGGCCAGGAGCAGCUCGUGCUCGCUUCGCGGGUGAUUUAUCCCGAGGCUGGUGACCCGACUAGCCGUCUCGGCACACCGACAACCAGCGCAAUUUAUGCGCCAUUCUCUUUGCGGCAGAUCCUCGAAUUCAUCAUUUUGUUGCCGCUAAAUUUUAUCCCGGUGGCUGGAACACCCAUGUUCCUAAUACUCACUGGAUAUCGCGCUGGACCGUUCCACCAUUGGCGGUAUUUCCAGCUCCUGGAUUUCACUAAGCAGGAGCGGAAAGCCAGUGUGAGUAGGCGGCAGCUGCAAUAUACUACCUUCGGAACUGUUGCGUUGAUCCUACAGCUGAUUCCUCCCUUCUCCAUGUUCUUUUUGAUAACCACCGCUGCUGGUGCUGCGCUGUGGGCAUCUGAGCUGGAACAGAAACGGCAGCUUGCUAGCCAGCGGCCCACAAGGUUGGGUGAUGCGUACCAAGAUGAUUUCAUGGUUUAA